AUGGCGGCUCAUUUAUUCACCUUUAUAACGACACUUCUUUUUUCAACGAUUGUCUAUCAAUUUUCAAACUCGCUGCCUGUAGUUUACCAGGAAAGUACUAUCAAUUCUGAUCCUAAUAUUUUGGCGCGCGAUGAAACCUCGGCAGAAAACAUGGAUAAUAACAUUUGUGUUACAAAAGAGUGUACGGCAGUGUCUGCUUCUAUAAAAGCAGCGAUAAAUGAAGAGGUGAAGCCCUGCGAUGACUUUUACGACUAUGCUUGUGGAGAGUGGAUGAAAAACAACCCGAUACCUAAAGGAAAAAUUCAAAUUUCAGCCUUUACUGAACUCAGGGACAAAAAUAACGAAGUUAUGCAAGAAGCUUUGGUCAGUGAUGAUACUUUAAACGAUCUUUUACCUAUAAAAAAAGUUCGAACUUUCUUCCAAUCUUGCCUCAAUGUUGAGGCGAUCGACGAGCUUGGAAACGAGCCUAUCAGAAAGUAUAUUAAAGAUUUGGAUUCUUGGGCGGUUGAUGAAAAGACCGGCUGGGAAUCGGGAAAGUGGGAUGUUUUUAGGACGUUGAAGAAAAUUCAAAAGAAAUAUACGUCUACUAAUUUGUUCUUUUCCGUGGAGAGCGUUCCUGAUCCUUUGAGGAACGGCACUGAAGGGAAGAAUAUAUUGAUGGUAAUUAGUCUUCUAUGCUGUUGAUUAAUUAACGACUAGUGUGUGUGGUUUUCACCGCUGUGGCAGCGAUUACAUUCCUGUAAUUUGCUGUUGUCUCAUUAUAUUUUCCACUUUAAUUGCAUGUGAAAAAAAUACUUCUAGUAUGACUCUACACUAAACACCAGGUACUCCGUUUUUCUUCCUGUACUAACACUGGAUUAAUAAGAGAUGAUCCUUACUGGACAUCUAGGAAGAACAUUUUAGAACUGAUAGAGUUAUCCAGUAUAAAUAAAGUCAGUUUAGUUUAGGUUUCCUCCUGUAGUAACACUGGAUUAAUAAGAGAUGAUCCUUACUGGACAUCUAGGAAGAACAGUUUAGAACUGAUAGAGCUAUCCAGUAUAAAUAAAGUUAGUUUAGAUUAGGUUAGGUUUGUUCCUGUACUAACACUGGAUCAGUAAGGGAUGGACCUCUAGGACGAACUGUUUAUAGAACUGAUAGAGCUACCCAGUAUAAAUAAAGUUAGUUUAGGUUCCCUCCUGUACAGUAACAUUCAUGCACUGAAUCAAUAAGAGAUGAUUCUUACUGGACCUCUAGGAAGAACAGUUUAGAACUGAUAGAGCUAUCCAGUAUAAAUAAAGUAACUUUAGUUUAGGUUUCCUCCUGUACUAACACCGGAUCAGUAAAAAGGAUCCUUACUGGACAUCUAGGGAAAUAGUUCGGAACUGAUAGAGUUACCCAGUGUAAAUAAAAAUAAAAUUAGUUUAUAUAAAUUAGUUUAUUAUUUUCUGAAAGGUUUCAUCUAUUUUUCUAGUUAGAUAAGGCGCCGUUAGAUCUUCAUCCGAUAUUUUUCCUUGGCAGUCCAAAGGUAUGAGAGUGUUUUGAACUUAACAAACAAAUAUGGCUUCCCUGUUGUUUUUUUAAAGUUACGUUAAAAUUGUUAGUUUUGCAAAACAUGCGACGAUGGUGCAUGCAGCAAAAUGUACGAAGAGAUCAUUUUACAGUAAACGUGUAAUCAAACAUAUGAGUGAUAUUUUGUUUUUUCAUUUUCAGACAGUUCGACUGUUGUUUCACUACAUGAGCAAUGUGACCAGUUUAACUGGAGUUAACAUGAGUUAUGCCAAAAAAUCGAUGAAAGACGUCAUUAGAUUUGAGGCUGCGCUUGCCAUGGUAAAAUAUGUUGAUUUUUCACAAAUUACUCUUUUUUUUAGUAAAGUAAAUUGAGUCACUGCGGUGGGUGCAAUAUCUUACUGACUUAAUUAAAACACUCCGCUUCCCGGAUUUUUUGCAGUGCGUGAAUUCACUCUGUAUUUUAAUACCUCUAGCUAAGUUUUGGUAAGAUGGGAAAACAUUAUGCUCGUGUACCUAUAAAAAAACUGGAGGAAUCCCUACCCCAGGUAAGUCCACGUGAAAGGAGGGUGAAGAAUUGGAUGGUGAACUGAUCGAGUGAAUGCAUUUACCAAGUCAAAUCCAAGUCCGAGUCAAACGCCCCAGUCACGUUAAGAAAAUUCACAGUCGAAUAGGGUUAGGGUACGUUAGGAGUAGGGUUAGGAGUAGAGUUAGGAGUAGGGUUAGGAGUAGGGUUAGGAGUAGGGUUAGGAGUAGGGUUAGGAGUAGUAUAUGAGUAGUAUAGGAGUAGGGUUAGGAGUAAAGUUAGGAGUAGUAUAGGACUAGGGUUAGGAGUAGGGUUAGGAAUAGUAUAGCAGUAGGGUUAGGAGUAGGGUUAGGAGUAGGGUUAGGAGUAGGGUUAGGAGUAGUAUAGGAAUAUGGUUAGGAGUAGGGUUAGGAGUAAGGUUAGGAGUAGGGUUAGGAGUAGGGUUAGAAGUAGUAUAGGAGUAGGGUUAGGAGUAGGGUCAGGAGUUACUAAGGGUUAAUGUUAGGAUUAGGGUACUAAGUCAUUGAACUACAAAGACCAGGCUCGGAUUUGACUCGGUUAACUGACAAACUCUGAACUGAUCACUCCUGCAUGUCCUAGGGUAGCUGUACCCGUGCAAGAUAUGCAGCUUGUACUAGUAAACCAAAAAUAUUUACUACGAAUGAUGACGAUGACGGCAAACAUCGUGAACCACAAUAUUGAUGAAAUAUUAUUUUUGAAAAUAGUUUCCAUGGUUUGAUCAUCUUCAAAGUCUUGUUGCUCCCAACAAACUGACGCGAGAAGAUCCAAUCUUAGUUCUGGCGACAAAAUAUCUACCGACGCUGUUCAAAUUACUCAAGAAAACUGAUAAAAAGUUUGUAUAUUUUAUUUAUCAGUGCGUCCUAACUCCUAAUAUACCUUUCUUAGUUAAGCGAGAAUGAAAAUUGGAAAGCGAGACUUAAUUCAUGCCCCAGUCAAACGAGAACAAGAGUUGCAUGAGAGUUGAUGAGAGUUGAGAAGCGAGAGUUUGAAAGAGAGUUCAUGUCCCGGUCAAACGAGAACAAGGGUUGCAUGAGAGUUGAGAAGUCAAUGAGAAUUGAUGAAAGUCGAUGAGAGGUCAACUCUCAUUCUCGUAUGACCGGCGCGUUUGCUUUCCCAGAAUGCCAGUGAAAAGGUGUUUCAUAAUUAGUUAAUUUUACAUUUUAUAUUCUUAGAGUUCUUUCCAACUUUAUGGUGUGGAGAAUGAUCAAAAGUUAUGUUCCAAUGCUGGGCAACAACUUUCGUAAAAUGUACAUUCAGCUGAAAGGCAAGGAAGAGUCACGCCCAGAAACGUGUUAUUCAUAUACCAGUAAAAUACUCAGUAAUUUACUGGGAGCAUUGUUUAUCAGGAAACGUUUCUCUGCCAAAGUGAAGACAGAUGUGAGUAGUACCUGGACCUCUAGAGAGAGACCAGUUUAGAAUUGAUAAAGUUAGAUUUGUUUAAGUUUCUUCGUAUAACUCCGCACCAAUAAAGAUUGGUUAUUUUACUCCAGCCAGGCCAUUGUGAUGUCAGACCCUGUCGUGAAAUAAUUCCCCAUGGACGAGACAAUAAAUUUACUCAACUGCGUCCGAAUAUCUUGCUACCAUGAACUAUUAUUAUAUUUACCCAAGGUUAAAGAAAUGAUGAGUGAUAUUAUUGAGGCGUUCAAAGAUAAUGCACAAACUGAAACAUGGCUGAGUGGUAAAAGUAGAACAGCUGUCGAACUUAAGGUAAUUGUUUAACAAUCCCCACGCCGUUCCUAACUAUAGCGUGUCUCAUCAAUGAAAGAGGGCCAUUCCAUUUAAUGUACAUCCCCCCCCCCCCUAUGGACGAGGUCAAUAAAAUUUGAACCCCUAAGAAAAAAGAUCAAAGUGUCGACACAAACACACUCCCCCCCGAAAUUAAGAAAUUUUUCCCUUACCCCUCAGAAAAAACGCAAAAAUCAAAGUGCCGUUGCACACAACCCCUCAGAAAUGGCUUUUUCAAACCCCCUCAGAAAUUCUCGUCCAUAGGGGCGGGGGGGGGGGGGUGUACAAUGUACAUUAAAUGGAAUGGCAAUGUACAUUAAAUGCAAUUUACAUUAAAUGAAAUGAGAUUAGGCUUACCUUUUAACUUGUUGUUGCAGCUGAAAAGCGUACUGUCCAAAGUUGGUUACCCUGACUACUUAUGGAACGAAGAGGAUCUCAAUCUGAAAUAUGAGAAUGUAAGAAAGAGAUUUAUGUGAAAACCAAGCGAUACUGUCAGUUUGAUAAACUCUCCUUGUUUUUUUCUCGUAAUUUUAUCAUGUGACCUUCCUUUUUCUAGCUGGACAUUCAGCCUAACCAAUGGUUCCAAAAUGUAGUGAAUUCUCAGAAAUAUUUAAAUUUCAUUGAACUGCAUCAUGUUGGCGAGACCAUUGACAGAAAACAGUGAGUAAAUUUUUUUACGAAAUAAAAUAAUCUUAUGCAAAUGUGGUGUUCACAUCACAGUGAUUGGCGUUUGUGUCAUUCGCUUCUGGAGUAAGAAUUGCUUGCAUUAUUGGCAUAAAAUUUAGCGUGAAUUUUCAACAAAGUUAUAUCUCUUGACAGCUGGAUUGCCCCUCCGCAGAUGGUCAACGCCUUCUAUGUUCUUACGAAGAAUGAAAUUGGUAGGUAAAGUAAGAUUUGAAUAAAUUGUUACUGCUCUGAGCAUUGAUUUUAUUUUUAUCUUUCGUUAAUAUCUAGUCAUUCCAGCUGGUAUCCUACAAGAACCGUUCUUUUACUCCGGAUCAAUUCCAAAGUAACGAUAAUAUUUUCUUGUUUUAAUUCCAAAUGAAUGUACAAUCUCUUUUCAGAGAUAAAUCUAAGUUAUAUCUCUUUUCAGAGCUCUGAGUUACGGCGCAAUUGGUCAUGUGCUAGGACACGAAUUGACCCAUGGAUUUGAUGAUACAGGUACAUAUUCUGUGGUAUUUAGUUCAUUUUUUCAAAUAUUUGUGAUAAUUUUAAAAUUUCGUAUGUUGUAGGAAGAACAUUUAAUUUGAUUGGAAAAAAAGUUCUAUUCAAUGAGACGGGUUGGAGUAACGUUUCUGAUAAAAAUUUCAAAAAGGAAGCGAAGUGUUUGGUGAAGCAGUUCAGCGAUUACAAAGUAUUAGGAAAACAUCACGUAGGUCGCAGAAUUAGUCAAUGAUUUGUAGUAGGUCCUUUGCAAUGAUAAGAUAGGUCAAAACAAUGAAUGACUGGAUGACAUGGAGAACAGUGGGAUUUUCAAAACAAUGAAAAGACAAUGGAACAUUCUGAUCACUGGAUCUUGACUGGAUGACAUGGAGAACAGCAGUGGCGUAACUACUAUGGGCUCAGACCGUGAGAACCCGGGGGCCCCAACCUAAAUGGGGGCCCCCAGGCUUAGGCAAUAGAGCAAAAACAUUGGUCAGGGCCGCUGAUAUGUUACAAUGUAGUUUUAUGACCAUCAGAAUUCUGUAAAAUCUCUCUCCAAAGUCCAGGAAAUGGCAUUUCAGAGAGUCUAAAUUCAAAAAUUUUCCGGAUGAGCAUGCCCUGGACCCCCUAGAAAAUUCGUGCAUAUACGGCGCUCGACUCGUGCCUUUGGCACUUCUACUAGGGGGGCCUUCGAAAAUUUUGAACCGGGGGCCCCUUGAUAUAACGUUACGCCACUGGAGAACAGUGGGAUUUUCAAAACAAUGGAAAGACAUCACUGGAUUGCGACUGGAUGCUCUGGGCUCAGUCAUUGUUUAGUGGUUUUAUGCAGACAAUGUAUCUCUCCCUUUGUAGGUCAAUGGUAAAAUGACAUUAGGAGAAAAUAUUGCCGAUGCAGGAGGUUUAAAGUUAGCCUUCAAUGUAAGUGAAUAUACUACAUACAUACUGGAUAUGUUAUACCAUUUCUAUAAUACCAUUUCAUUCCUUGCCAUACAAUAGCUUACCAUACCAUACCAUACCAUACCAUACCAUACCAUACCAUACCAUACCAUACCAUACCAUACCAUACCACAUCAUAUCAUAUCAUACCAUACCAUCUCAUGUCAUAUCAUACCAUACCAUACCAUACCAUACCAUACCAUACCAUACCAUACCACAUCAUAUCAUAUCAUACCAUACCAUCUCAUGUCAUAUCAUACCAUACCAUACCAUACCAUACCACACAAGACAAUACAGCAGUGCAUAUAUUACCUUAUUUAGGCUUACAAACGAUGGAUUAACGACCAUGGACAAGAGAAAGUGUUACCAGAUUUAGAUAUGAACAGUGAUGAAUUAUUUUUCAUCGGUUUUGCACAGGUAAAGAAGAAUUCCUGAUUUAAUAACUCAACCAAUGAUUCUGUAGUAUAUACGAGUCUAUUCCUUUGUAAUGGUUGUGCAGUGUUUGAUAGACUCAAACUGGAAGCAUUCUUCUCACAUGUGACUGAUUUGAAAUUAUAAUCAGACAACUGUAUAUUGCAUGAAUUGAGGUGCAGUCACAGAGAUGAAAGACGAAGUGAUCUAGUUCAUGAAUUAAAAGUGUCUUUAGUAAAUAAAAUAGGGUUUAUCAAAGAACGAGGCAGUUCUAGCCAUUCUGCCAUCAACCUCCAAACCAUUUAAUACUAUAUAUAGAUUCCGCUUUCGUAGCGCUUUGCAUUGUGGUUAUAGUGGUAUCACUGAUAAAGAUAGUGGCCUCGAAUGAAAGUAUUGAAUGUUUUCGCGAAUAUUUUGCUGUUGGCUAUCGCGCACCUGACCCUAGCUUUUUUUAAAGUUCUUGCACGGGUCAGGACAAAAAAUAAGCCAUCUUGAAUAUCUGUGAUACCACUAUAACCACAAUGCAAAGCGCUACGAAAACGUAAUAAGGGGAAUCUAGUAUUGAGUUUCUUAUUAAUGUAAUUCAUCAUUUUUCUCUUUUUUAUAGAAAAGUUGUGCGAAUACUUCUGCAGUUGGGCAGUUUAUGGCCGUGCAUGACGACGAUCAUGCACCUGCCAAGUACAGGUAACCUAAGACUAUUUCACUGUCAUAUGGAAAAUUCAAAUAUAAUUUCGCGCGUGUAAUUUUACGUGGAAUUGGAGCAUUUCGCAUGUGAAAAUGCUCAUUUCAUAUGUACUAUGUAUUUAAAACAUGAUCAGCAGUGUUUUCUCAGAUAUAAAGAUACGAGGCGAAGCCGAGUAUCUUUAGGUCUGAUAAAACACGCACUGCGAAUGUUUUAAAUUACUUCAGAAACGAUCGAAGUAAUUUUCAUUGGCGAAGUAAUUUUCAAAAAAUACGUUGUGUAAGUCGAGAAAAUCAAAGUAAAAGUUUAUGUAAAUCAAGGGAAAUCUCUAUCACAUAUAUUAGAUACGACACCGAGCUUAUAUCAUGAUUUUUCUUUGUGUUUUCCUCGUGAAUUAUUAAUGAGUUUUUGAAGUAAAAUUUAGAAUUUUCACAUUUGAACUUUAAAUUUUACAUGCAUGUGAUUUAUAAUAUGUGAAACUGAUUAAUUUCACUUGCGAAAUUAUUGUGUCAUAUGUAGAAUUGGAACAGUUCACAUUUGAAAAAGCUUUUUCAUAUAUGUCAAAUUUUCGUAAGGGUAUAUGUAAAUAAGGUCGCAGAUAUGAGGUCGCAGAUGUUUGGACGAUCGUGUCAAAUUGAACGAAGGUCAGUUCUCCAAAGCUUGCUCUAAAGAAUAAAGCAAUCUCAAUGUUCCGGACACAAGAGCAGUAACUAAGUCCAUGAAUUCUCUUUAUGUGCUGAGUAUAAGUUCUAAAAUGUUUUUCCUAAACUAAUUUGACCGCUGUUACUACAGAAGGAAACCUAAAUUAACUUUACUUACUGGAUAUAGCUCAAUCAGUUCCAAACUGUUCUUACUAUAGAGGUCCACUAACAGUAAAUGCUAUAUAGUGGUUCAGUCUUACUACUUUGAGGUUAACUAUACUAGAAGCAUUCAUGAUCAACUUGAAAUUUUAAUCACGUAACUGCAGCGCAUAUAUUGUACGAACACAUAUAUUUGUCAUGAAAACCUUCAGUGUCAGUUUAUAAAUACACACCAACGCACAAAUCGUGUCAAGGUCGAGGAAGAUUUUUUACAGCCAUAUUUGUCACAUAUGCACAUCAGUCAACACAGGGCCUCUUUUAAUGCCAUAGACAGGCCAUGUUUCCCCCCACCCAGUGAACCAUGUUGCCCCAGUGAAGGUCACUUCUGUCUGAAAUAUAAGCAAAAAAGAGAAGAAUAACUUAGUUAAGAAGAGUAUUUUAGUAUUCCCAUGACCAAAUCUUUGUCUAGCGGAUGAAAUAUAUAAAAAAUUGUGUCUAUAAAAAGCCGAAAAUCAAGCCCCUGCAGACACCUAAAAAUACAAAUUGUCUGGGCCAGACAAGUUCCCACUUUUCCCGGUUCCACCUCCUAGUUGGGUCCCUUUCUCUUGAUGGCCCCGCCACUCACAGAUUAUUAAAAAAGGCCCUAGCUGAGUCAAGAAAAACGUGUCAAUAUUUUCCCGUAUUCACAAGCAAACAAAAAGAUGAACAUGCUUCAGACAUUGUCUGGCGACACACACGGAAGCGUUUUUUUUCCAUGUCAUCUAUUUUCUUUCAUGUUUUUCUAGGGUAAACGGAGCACUGUCAAAUAUGCCCGAAUUUUCAAAAACGUUUAAUUGUCCAUGGAAUAGCAAAAUGAAUCCAAAAACAAAAUGUGAUGUUUGGUGA